CGCGCGCAAUCAGAUUGGAGCUGCUCAUCAGACGAAAAAUCGAAAUGGCAGCGUGACCGGUUGAAUACAAGUUUUUUCCUGUUUGUAGCGUUUUGUUAUAAUCUAGAUAUAUACCGAUUAUAAUUUUAUUCACUGGACGAUUUGCAAAAGUCACGUUAAUUAGUUUAAUUCCUAUUGAGAUGGCAGAAACCAUGGACGAUUGCACCAAUAUGGAAAAGCAACAGUUCGAUUUCAUCGUGGACAUGGAUUCGAAGGAGCAGGUCGACAGGAAGCUUCGCCGUCGCCAUUCAACGACUCCGAGCGAUGUCAUCGAAGGAAGCUCGUCCAGCAACCAGUCGACGGAGGAUUCAUGGGGUGAUCGUGAAUAUCAGGAAGCCAUAUCUCGGGAUCGGCUGCGUCAGUUGGAAUACCUCGAGGGACGGAUGUCGCACUUUGCCGAGUUUACCGAGCAUAGAGAUCUGGACCGAAAUUCGCGCCGCAAACUACUGGCAGCAACGGGUGAGUCGGUGGAAGGUUCCAAUAACAAUCGUGCUGCAAAACUAAAAGCACGGGCUACGAUGGAUCGACAGGAAAUGGUUCAAUACACCGAGUCACCUAAGUUCAUCCAGGGACAAAUGCGGAAUUACCAGAUUGAAGGACUGAAUUGGUUGAUUUCAUUGUAUCAAAACGGCAUCAAUGGGAUUCUGGCGGACGAGAUGGGGUUGGGCAAGACUCUGCAGGCGAUUUCGAUUCUGGGAUAUCUACGCAACCACAGAAACAUUAAAGGGCCUCACCUAAUUAUCGUUCCCCUAUCGACGAUCGGGAAUUGGGUGCGGGAAUUCAACCGUUUUCUGCCGGCCGUUCGCAUUCUACAUGGGCACUGCCGCGGAAGUAAGACACAGUUUCGUGAAACUCUUACAUCCCCGCAUCGUAAUUGGGACGUGGUAAUUACUCCGUAUCAAUUUUUCACUGCAGAGCACACAUAUUUUAACAAAUUAAAAUAUCAGUACUUAGUGCUGGAUGAAGCUCAGCGCUGUAAGAAUGAGAAUUCACUACUAUCCAAGAGAGUGCGCCGUACUACAUACCGCAAUCUGCUGUUCAUGACCGGGACACCCAUCAACAACAACCUACAUGAGUUAUGGGCGUUGUUAAAUCUAUUGCUACCGGACUUUUUCCGCAAUUCCGAAGACUUUGAUGAGUGGUUCAAGGUAGAAGAUUGCAUCGACCCAGACCACGAACGAGCGGUAAGAUUGAAGAAAAUUCUGCAACCAAUCAUGAUGCGCCGCAUUAAGUCCGAUGUCGAACUUACUAUUCCACCGAAAAUUAAAACGACUAUGUACAUUCCCCCGACGCGAGAGAUGAAUUAUUGGUCCAAGAAAGUGCUCUGUAAGGAUAUCAAAGUGCCGAAAGGGGACGGAACGACUGGUAACUUCAUAAUGAGGAUUGUAUUUCCAUAUCUGCGUGAAGUAACUCUGCAUCCCUAUUUGAUACCAGGAGCUGAAUCGACAUUAUCUGAUCUAGUCGGGCAAGACAUAGUUGACGUUUCGUCUCGAAUGGUUGUUCUGGACAAACUGCUUACGAAACUUCGCAAACGUGGUGCUCGUAUCCUACUGUUUUCGCAGAUGGCCAUAAUGCUAGAUAUUCUGCAAGAUUACUUAGAGUGGAAGGGCUACAAGUACCAUCGAAUGACGGGAAACACUGAACAGAGAUUCAGACAGGAGAUGAUCGAUGAGUUCAAUUCCCCUGAUUCAGACACGUUUAUUUUCUUGAUUACCACCAGAACGGGUGGGGUCGGGAUCAACUUGCACACGGCCGACACGGUAAUUUUCUAUGACAUCGAUUGGAACCCUCAGGCGGACUUCCAGGCCGAAGACCGUGCCCAUCGCAUCGGGCAAUUGAAACAGGUACAUGUGAUACGGUUCACCGUGUCCGGAACAGUCGACGAAUACCUUCACGAUUGUUCCAAUCGGAAGCAAGCCCUGGAUAAAGCAAUCAUUCGGAAAAGCCUUGGCGAUUGUGUCGAGUUCCAAGCAAUCGAACACCACAAAAGGAAGCUCGAAAGCGUCAACUGCCUUGACGUGGCGGCCGUCGAUGAGCAGCUGAAUGAAAUGUUUAAGGAGAUCGAUCGCGGUGAAAGGAAUGCCAAGAACGACACUCUGCUGAAACAAAUUCGCUUCCGAUCAAAGAAGUCGCGGUCACGAUCGGAGGAGCGCGAGCUGGAAAGUAUUAAACCUCCGGUUGAGUCGGUGCCGGAGUUCGAUCUGGAUUCCACUACAUAUCGUUUGCGUCCGCGCAAGCCGAAGAUAGCCCGGCUGGAAUAGAUGUUUUAAUCUGUAUCGUUCAAUUUGCAUUUGACCACGCUACUCAGUUACCUAUUUGCUUGUUAGUUUGUUUCUGUUUUGUUCAUUCUAGUUAGUUACCACUGCGAGACGCUUGUCAAUGAUAUUAUUUUCUGUUCUAUGUACUUCGAAUAAACUGACGUAACGAAUAAACAAUAGUGAAUGCUCAAUGUAUGACCAUCUUGUGCCACGUUGGAACCUUUCAAUAUUUUGUUAUCAUUGUUAUUGUGCCAUACUGAAGGGGAGAACCUGCCAAGCAGCAAUUUUCGUUUUAUUGAAAUUUUAU